AUGGCGGCGUCUCCAAUUCUGUUGUAUACUUUAUUCUUAUUGCUCAUUUGUCGAGCUUCGGCUGCACCAUUAACUCCAACAAAAUAUCCUAAUCCGAUAUGUUCAGGAGCUCAACUUGUCGCACCUGGUCAAGCACCAUUAGUUUAUCAAUAUAAAACAGAAGUUAAAUUAUCUGUUGCUAAUGGUCAAUUUGAUUUAGAAACUGAAAUUACUGCUAAUGUAAACAUUAAAGGUUUAGGUGAUUGUAAUUAUGCAGUUCAGCUUCGUAAUGUUAAAAUAACUGAAACAAAAGAUGAAGAUAAAAGAGUUGUUACAUCAACUGCAAAUGCUCAAAGAGAACUUGAAAAUCUUGUUGUUCGUUUUCGAUGGGUUGAUGGUGUUCUUUCAGGAGUUGAAGCUGAUUCAUCAGCUAAAGUUGAUUAUGUCAACUUUGUUAAAGGUGUUCUUAGUGCACUUCAAGUUUAUUCACCUGUCGUAAAUGAUGAUGAAACUGUCGUACGUGAAGAAGAUGUACUCGGUGUAUGUACAACUGUAUAUAAAUUUUCACAAAAAGACAGCACAACAGAAGUUAAGAAAAACAAAGAUUUAUCAACAUGUUCAAGAGAUAAAUUACAUUUAAGUUCAAGUCCUGUUUUAACUUCAGUACUUGGACCUCUUAUGGAAGAAGUUUUUACAUCUAGAACUCGUUAUAUGUGUCGAACAGAAAUUCGCGAUAAAAAAGUUCAAUCGGUUAAAUGUAAAACAGUCGAUAUGGAUGCAGAUGAUACUAAAACAUCAACUCAAAAACGUACACAAACUUGGGACGAUAAUGAUGAUCAUAUUGAUACAGAUGAUAGUUCAGAAGAAGUUAAUGCUAAUUUUAAUGUUAAUGAUCGUGAUGAUGAAAUAUCAUCGAAAUUUAUUUUAAUUAAACAAGAAUUAAAAUUAUUAACAAGCGGAUAUGUUCCUGUUGAUGAAAAUGCUGUUAAAAAUCCUGUUCGACAAACAUUACAAUUUGUUCCAACAGCAUCAUUUGAUCAAUCUAAUGAGGCUCUAUCUUCAUUAGUAUCAAAAAUUCAAGCACUUUUAAAAACCGAAGAUUGGAGUCAAUUUGCUGCUGCACAAUUUGUUGAUAUAACUAAUCAAUUAAGACGUAUGGAUAAAGCAAAUGUUGAAGCAUUCGCAGCCAAAUCAGAACUUAAAGAUAUGGUUCCAACAUUUCUCCAUAAGCUUUAUGCUCAUGAUCCAACUGUUUCAUUACUUAAUCUUGAUACGAAAACUUUGAAAUUUGUUAAUCCAUCAGCAGUUUUUUAUUUGGAUAAACCAUCAACAGAAUUAGUUAAUCAAGUUGUUCAAGGUGCAAGUCGAUUAACUAGUUCACAAGUACCAGAAUUUGUUGGAGUUGCUGCUAGAAUUCUUCAAACAUACAAAGCUCGACAUGAGAACGUUAGAGAGGCUGAUGCUAAAAUAAAAGAAUUUCAACGAGCUAUUGCAAAAUUUUUAUCUAAUCCAUCAGAUUCUAAUAUUGAUGUUACAACAACCGUUUUAUCAGCUUAUGCUCAAUUAGGUUUAUAUGAUGAUCAAGUACAACGUUUAGCUGCUAAUGAUAAAGCACCAUUACAAGUUCAAUAUCAUGCACUUAAUGUUAUUCGUCAUAUAAGUGAUGAUUAUAUUGAUAAAAAAGAUGAAUUAAAACUUCGAACAGAUCUUCAAAAUCUUCUAUUACGAAAACUUCAAAAUAAAGCUAAUAAAAAUGCUGUACGAGUAUGGGCAUUUGAAGCAUUAUAUACACCAUUUAUUUAUAAUCCAGAAGAAGAUAAUUCAACAUUGGCUGAUAAUUUAGAAAAAGCAUUUUCGGAUAUUCUUAAUGAACCACUUAAUCAGGUAAAUGGUUUUAUUUGGUCAGCACUUAAAUAUUCAUCACUUGAUCGUCUUUGUCCAUUACGUGGCCUUGCUUCUCGUCUUCGUGCUCAUCAUGAUAAUAAACAACAAUUUUUAGAACAACAAACACUAUCAUCACGUCAAGUUCAAAUUGAAUUACCACUUCGUAAAAAUUAUCGUGCAGUUGUACAUGUUUGUGUAGUAUUUGAAAAUGAUCGUGUUGUACCAUCAUUUCUCGAUGUUAAAUUAGCAUUUGAUGGUGUACGUCGUGAAACAUUACGUUUACCAUGGAUUGAUGUUGCAUUAAUUAGUGAAAAUCUUGAUUGGAAUUUUGCUGAUUAUUUCUUACGUUUAGAUCCAUUAAAUAAAAAAAUGAAUGAAGAUGAAAAAACUCGUGUUAAAAAUAAUUUACCAGCUGGUGUAAAAAAACUUCAAGCUACUUAUGAUGGAAAAGAUGAAGAUCCUGAUCCAUCCGUUUAUUUUUAUUUAAAAUUAUUUGGUACUGAUAUGCGUGGAAGUGAUGUUACAAAUAAAGUUCAAGAUAUGCUUCGUACAAAUGUACGUACAUUUGUUCGAAAUCAAAUGUUAAAUCGUUUAAAAGAUCUUGUUGGAAAAAAUCCGAUAUUUCGUAUACCAUUAGAAAUUGGUGCUGCAUCAGCAGCUGCUAAUGGUUUAACAUUAUAUAAAGCAGCACAAAUUGGUGUUCUUGCUGAUUUAACAACUGAUUUAAAAAAUAAUCGUGAUGAUUCUGGACUUGGAACAUAUUCAAUGACAAGUCGAUCAGCAUUAAGUUUUUCAUUAACACUUCAACGUGAAGUAUCAGGACCAUGGACAACAGUUGGUGAAACAAUUGAAAUGGGUGUUUUAUCAAGUGUUCCAUUUCAAUAUACAACUGUAGCAAAUAAUCAAGGACGUACACGUGAAUUAAAUCUUCUUAAUCCACAAUCAAAACUUCUUGCAAUGGACUUUCAAUUUGCAGUACGUACAUCAAAAGGUUUUGAAGUUAUUCCAAAUCCAAAAUCAACUAGUAUUGAUCCAUCAUGCACAUCAAGUGCCCUUUAUCGUGCAUUAGGUGUUCGAUUGUGCUUAGAACUUAAUCCAUUUCGUUCACUUCAACUCGGUAGCCGACCAUCAUAUCCUAUAACUGUAACUGUUAGCAAAGAUCCAUCAGUCACAAAAUGGCGUAUGGGUUGGCGUUUUAAUGCUCAAGAUGCUCCACAAUUUGAAGUAGUCGUCGAAAGCGUUGGUGCAAAAGAAACAUAUCCUGGUUUGGGUAUGUCUGUAACAACGAAUGGCAAUAAUUUUAAUGUUAAAGUUUUAACUGGAAUGAAAUUUUUUAAUGUCAAAGGCACACAAACGGGUAAUAAAUUUAGUGGUACAGUAUAUUCAAGUGAUAAUAAAGAAGUAAUGACAACAUCUGGAACAUGGACUGCUGAUAGUAAUGGUUUUAAAAUGGAAGGUAAACUUGUUGAUAUGUCAACCAACAAAGAAGUUGUAACAUUAACAACUGAUAUGUCACCAAAUCGUGGACAAGGUCUUACAGCUAAUAUUGUUUUAACAACACCCGAUAAAGCUAAAUCAUUUAAAGUUCAUUUUCGCGGUGAUUUAUAUAAACCAAAUUCAAAACUUAUUCAUAUGCAUGGAGGUGUUCAUCUUGGUGAUACAAAUUAUCAUGGAAAAAUGAAUUUUGAAUGUGAUGAUGCUCAUACACGUAUUGAAUUAUCUCGUUCAGUAAAAUUAAAUAAAAAUUUAUCACCAAGUGGUUAUGAAUUCUUUUAUGAACGUAAAAAUACUAAAGAAACAAAUCAAAAUAGUUCGAAUAUUGUAUCACAUUUAUCAUUACGAACACCAACACAGAAUGAACCAAUGAAAGUAUAUAAUUUCAAAUCAGAUUGGACUCGUACAAAUGACUUAUCAAAUGCAACACUUCAAAGUUCACUUGAUUAUGUACUUUUAACACGUAAUCCACCAGUACAAGAAAGAGUUGAACUUGAUUAUAUGAGACGAUCAGUACGAACAAGUAAUGCAGCAAGACGUUUAAUAUCACCAGAAGCAAAUUUAAAAAUUCAAGUUAAAACCAAAUCAAAUGUUUUUAAUUUUCUUAUUGAUCAUCGACAUCGAAGAAGUUCAGAAACAUCGAAAAAAGGACCUGUAAUGUUACCGCCAACUCUUGAUAUUGCUAAUAAGAUUCAUAUGGUUGCUGAUACUGAUAAAUUAUUUCCUGAUUUACCACGUCCAUUUGCUUUUGAUAUUUUAUCUGAUCUUAAUUUCGAAUUACUUAAUGAAGUUAAUUAUAAAUUUCAAUAUGAUUUUCCUCGUCGUCAAUAUUCAGGAUUACUUACAUAUCAGAAUAAAGUUGAUAAAGUUACACAUGGUCAUUUAUUUUCUGGUACAAGUAAAUGUGAAGUACAAUGGGAUAAUAAACAAAAAAAAGCAACAGCUACUGGUAACUUUGAAAUUUGUAUGCGAUCACAUUCAUUAAGAACACAUUGGGAUAUUACUACAAAUCUUGUUCAAGAUAAAAAUGACAUGGAACUUGAUUUAAAUGUUCGUUUUGAUCGACAACCUAAAAAAAAUUCACCAAAUUCAUUAAUUACUGCAUAUAAUGUUACAUUAAAAGCACCAAAACAUCAAUUAUUUCAAUUAAUUGAUCUUGAUGGUAAUUUAACAAAACAAUGGGGUAGAUUUGAAACAUUUAAUUCAAUUGCUUUUCGAAUGGAUAAACAAUUAAAAGAAAUGAAUUUAAAUGCUUUUCUUCAUCGUAAUCAAACUGGUAAUGGUUCAUUACAAACACAUGUAUCAUUUUCAUUACCAUUUAAAUAUAUACCAUAUGUAACACAUGAUUUUAAAGUAGAACGUUCUUCAUCAAAUGGUCGUCUUAGUCAUAUAGAAUCAAAAUUACUUGCUAAACCAGUUUUUGCACAUUAUGGUGAUGUUGAUAUUGAUUAUCUAAAAGGAAAUGAACGUCCAUGUGUACAUGUUGAUAAUGAAUUUGAAUAUUUGCGUGCUAAUGGAGAUAGUUUAUAUGCUUUAUCAAAAGUAGAAGUACAACGUUGGUCAGCAUUACAUUCACAUGGUAUAUUUAGACGAAAUACAGAUUUAUUACAUAAACAUUCAAUCGGUUAUGUAUUUUCAAAUAAAACACGAAAAGUUGCAUUAUCAUUAGUAAGUCCACAAAUAUCGGGUAAUCCAUUAAGUAUUAUUGGUGAAGUGACAAUUGAUCGAGAAAAUCGUAUUGGAAAAAUGAAAUGGCCACAAGAAUUUGUUGUACAUUUUGAAUUUGGUACUCCAUUAUCAAAUGUAACUGCAUUUCGUGUUGCCUACAAUUUACCUAUGUUCAAUAAAGAUCAUGAUCGAACAGUUGAUGGAUCAGUUGGAUUUAAACUUGCUUCAACAAAUAUUGCUCCAAUUGGUUUUUAUGUUCGUGCCAAAGGUUCACUUAAUACAACACUUCAUGUAACUAAAAAAUUACGUAUUGGCGAUGAUAUUGCUUUGAAUACAUUAAUAACUGCUCAAUAUAAUCCACAAUUAAUAAGUCAAAUUAGUACAACCGUAAGUUCAAAAUAUUAUGACCAAGAAUUUCAACAUGCUUUUCAUGCUUUAUUAAAACAACAUCAAGUUAUUGUACGAGGUAUUUUAAAUACAACAGCUAAUAAAGAUUAUAGAUAUGAAAUGGAUAUUGGUUUUGAUAAUGAUUUACUUACUGGACAUAUGGAAAGAACUGAUGGACAAGAAACAGUUAUUUCAGAUGUUGAUGCUCAAAAAUGUGGUCCAAUUGGUAAAUAUAAUCGUUGUUAUAAAGGUGAUAUUACUGUACGAACAGGUACUAGUACUUCUGGAAAUAAAGGUACAUUUGAUAUUAGUUGGGGUCGUGAUAUGGCUAAAUUAAAUGUUAAAGUACCUAAUCAUAUUGAACUUAAAUUUGAUCAUACGCAUACUGGUCGUAUACGUGAUGAAGAUUUUAAUUCUAAAACAAAUUUUGAAGGAAAAUUAUUACAAUCAGAUAAACGUGGUUCAUUCAGCUAUUCAGGUUCAGUUGAAAAAGAAGAUGGUAGAUGGAAUGAUGUUCAAAUGCAAACAUCAUUAACAGAUAUGAAAACAGGUGAAAAAUCUUUAGCAACAAAUGUUCGUUUAAAUCAAAAAAUAACUGAUAAACUAUCAGGAAAAUUUCAACGUAAUAUGAAUAUUAAUCUUGAACGUAAAGGAAAUCCUGUUAUUGUUUGGUCAAGUGAAUCUGUUAGUUGUCCAAAUAAUCCAUCAAAUGUUGUUUAUGGUGUAUGUCAAACAGCAACAUUUAAUAUGAAAGCAAGUAAUCAAUUAGCACAACGUCUUCGAGAACGUCUUCAAUUGCCAGCUGAUCCACAAUUAUCAAAUCCAACUGGACAAGUUACUUAUGAUGGUACAUUAAAUUUAGAUUUAAAACAUGAUCCAACAUUAGGUCCACAUACAAUGAAAUUUGAUUUAAAUCGUUUGAAAAAUGAUGCUGUUGAUAUGGAUCUUACAUAUCAACCACGAACUAAUGAUAAACCAAUGAAUAUGAAUUUAAAAUUAAAUCUUCCACGACAAAAUCCAAUAACAGUAAAAUAUGAUGAAACAAUUCGUUCAAAAACAAGUUUUAAUGGUGUUUUAAAAUAUUCACUUAAUGCAAAUGAUAAUUCAGCUGAAAAAACUUAUCAAUGUGAUGUUAAUCGACCAGAUAUGAAUGCUAUUUCAAUGAAUUGUGUUGGUCAACGAACAACAUUAACUGUUGAUAUUGAUCGUAAUAUGGGAAAAUCAAAAGUUUAUAUGGAUUUAAAACGAUUUGCAGGUGAACGAGUUGGAUAUGAAGUUGUAUGGAAUCGACAAACAAGAGAAUUUAAUGGUACUUUAUAUACACUUGUUUCUUCAUGGAAUGUAAGACGACAACCUGGAAAAUCAACAGUGGUUACUGUUAAACAAAAAGAUCAAGAAGUUUUACGUGUUGAAGCUACAAGAAUGAAUGAUCGUGAAAUUCAAAUUAAAUUUUUACCUUCCAAUGCUCAAUUUAAACUUGUAUAUGAUAAUACAACAAUAGUUACACUUACACAAACAGCUCCUCAACAACGAGAUGUUGCAAUGAUGACCAUUGAUCGUGCUAGAAUUCGUCGUUAUUUACCAUCUUUACGCAAUCAAGAUCGACCAUCAUAUGAUAUUGACGCACCAUUAUUAACAUCACAUAGACCAUUAUUCGAAAUAUCGUUUGAUUCUUUUGUUUUACUUUCACUUUCACAAGCUGUUCGUAAAUUAGGUUCACAUAAUGGUCGUUAUGGUUUAGAUACAAUUAAAAAAGUAUAUAAAUUACAAGUUGGUGAUGCACCAUUAACAGUUUAUAAUGUUCAACAUUGGAAAACUCAUCGUGAAGAUAUUGAACUACCAGAAAGUUAUUUUCUUCGUGUUGUUAAUAAUGUUAAUGGAAAUAUGAUUCAAUUUGCAACUAAUAGAUGGAAUGAAAAUCGAUUAGUUUCUACAAUAAGUCAUUCAUUUGAUGGUGGUAAAACAUUAACAACUGAUAUGAAAUUAGAACGAGAUUAUGGACAUCAAGUUGGUUCAAUUUACUUUUUCUAUAGUUUAGGUUAUCGAAAUGUUCAAGGAGUUAAACAACUUCGAAAUGUUACUCGUCAUUUUAUUCGUCAGCAUUUAACAAAAGAUUUACAAAAAACAAAUAUGGCUGAACUCGUUAAAAACUUUCGAACACGUGUACGAUCUAUUUUGGAAAAAGAUUAUGCAGCUGUUAAAGAAAUUGUUACUACAUGGGGUAGCGAACCAGAAAAUAGCUUCCUUCGACGAUUGUCUACUCGUCUUGGUCUACCUGAUUUCUUUACAAAAUAUCCAACAUAUACUGAAGCAUCUGAUCGUAUCUCUGCUGUACUUCGUGAACGUUCUGUUCAACGUGAAGAAUUCUGGCGCAAUCGUUUUGAAGUAAUUCUUAAUGAUAAUCGUCUCUUAGAUUUAUCUAAACGUGUUCAAGUACGUCGUAUGGCAAUAAUGAAAUCUAUGUUAGAACGAACAGAAAAACUUCUUGAUCGUUAUUUUCCAAAAGUUGAUCAAUCAAAAAUUGAUGAACGUAUAGCUAAUUAUGUUCGAAAAAUAUUAGCAGGAGUUGAACAAAUGUCAAAACGAAAUACUGAAAAAUGGAAAUCAAUAUUUAAAGCUAUUGAUGAUGCAAGUAAAGGUGAUGAUAAUAAAUGGUUUCGAACGUUAGUUGCUGAUAUUGAUUCAAACGCAAUGGGUGCAGCAGCUGAUGCUGAAUUAGCUAAAUUAUUAAAAAAAGUAGGUGAUUCAUCAAAAUUAUGGAUUAGUAGUAUUCAACAAAUGUCACGACGUAUGACUAAACGAUCAGAAGCUAUGCGAGAACGUAUUAGAAAUGCUAUCCGACAUAUGCCAAAGGCAUCUAUCAAUGAAACAAAUUUUGAAGUCUUAGUUCCAAUUGGUAAUCAACCAGCUAGUUAUACUGGAACAAAUGAAUUAAUAUAUGGUAUCGGUAGUUUACUUCGAAAUCGUGAUCAAGCAUUGGAUACAAUUCGUUCUGUAUUAAUGAAUCGUGUUCAAUCACGUAGUGAAACAUGGCGAAAUUAUUGGAAAGCAUUACGUACACUUGCUAGACGUUUAUUUCAACGUAAUCCAUCAUUAACACCAGAAUUUUAUGCUGUUAUCGCACAUACUGGAGAUGCUAUUGAUUUUCAUGGUGAUUAUGUUUAUCUUAAUCCAGCAUGUGACUAUGUCUUAGCACAUGAUUUUGGUGGUUUACAAUUUUCAUUUCGUUUUGCAUCUGGUAAAGUUUAUUCAGUCGUGCCAAACCAAGUCGAAAUAAAAGAAUAUGAAUGUUCAAACACUGGCCGUGUUCAACUUUGUAAUCAAGGAUAUUAUUCUACUAUUAGUGUACCGAUGUAUUAUGGUGGUCUUGUUGAUGGUGCACUUGGUGAUGUACGUGAUCGUAGUGGUACAGAACAUGGAGAUCUUAGCCGUUGGUCAGUACAAAAUUGUCCAGCUACAACACGUGAUCAACCAAAAGACGGUGGAUCAUCGAUUCCUGAAUGCGCUAGUGAUGAUGAUGAAGAACAACAAUUUUGUGAAAAUUUUGUUCAAAGAGGUGUAAAAAACGGACUUGAUAGACGGCUUUUAGUUAUUCAAGCAAUGGCUGCACGAAAAUAUACAGUAUAA